UUACGUAAAUAUGAGAAUAAAGGUCAAAACCCCAACUAAAGUUAAAGUCCUAACAAUCGAUGACAACUUAACCGAGUCGCAGCUACUAGAGGAACUUCACGCUGACACAGAACUUUUUCCUGGUCUCUCUAAAAUACUGACCAUCAAAACCGGCUUUCCUCCCAAGCCCCUCUCCAUCCCUCCCAGCGAGACUAUCAGAAAGUAUAUCCACAAUGGAGACCAGCUAUUGAUUGAGGUCGGAGAUGAGAAGUCACCAGAAUCAAGGGAGAACCCCAUCUCGAAGGAAGUCAACGACGAUAUUCCCAACGUCCAUAUCGGUGAAUUGAACCAAUAUCUUAUUCUACGCAAUAUCAAGGACGAUAACUCGUGUAUGUUCAAUGCCAUUGGAUACGCCACUAAAACCGACUCAGCCACCGAAAUGAGAGCCGUGUGUGCUUCAUAUAUCAUGUCUGACCCCGACAAGUUCGACGAAGUGACGCUUGGCCGGUCUAAUGAUGACUACUGUUCUUGGAUCACCAAGAAGGACUCGUGGGGAGGCGCUAUCGAGCUUGGGAUCUUGAGCGACUACUACAAAGUCCGGAUAAAUUGCAUCGACAUUGAGCUGGGAAAUAUCAUAAAGUUUGAAAAUGAAGAUUCUCCUCCAAGCUCUUUCAUCAACUUAGUGUACUCGGGAAUUCAUUACGAUGUUUUGAGUGCAAACCCCAUUCUCAGCACCCUGGAAAAAGACAAGGACAUUGACACUAGUUUAUGGCAGCGUGGAUCUCCUGAAGAGACUCCCAUUAUGAAAGCCGCUGAAUCAUUGUGCAAGUUGUUGCAAACCAAAAACUAUACUACCAAUACAACACGGUUCCGAAUUCGAUGUCUCGAGUGCUAUGAUGUGCUCGUUGGAGAAACAGGGGCAGCUAAACAUGCCAAUGAAAAGGGCCAUUUUAGAUUUGGAGAAGUAUGAUCUGGAGGUUAUCUUGUUGGUCUUCUGAUCUUUCUACACCAUCCACUUCAUACCAAAUGGUAAGAGGUUUAUCACUUUGAGGACACAUAAGUGAGCACAUACACCGACUUUUAUGGCUUGAAAGAGCUUAGUUUCGACUGGCGCACAGCCUAUCUUGUCAAUUCUUGCGACAGUUUAUAUUGUGUGGGACAACUUUACACGGAUGAGCCAAAACAUGCUCACAUCUUCAGAACCACAAGGGACUGAUAUGAGCUGGUUAGGUUCGGCUGGAUCUAAACUAAUACACGUCUUCUCUACUUCAAAUCAGAUAACUACCACGCCGCUUGAGAUCAUUCUUUGCUCAAAGCUUUGCUCUCACACCCAAAAGUUACUCCUUUCCGUCCAAAAAAGCCGUCGGCUUAAUAACCCCUUUCAAAUGUCAGCCUUGACGAAUCACCAACUCCACAUUUUCUCCAGUUGCUCUACAACAACAAUAUCCAACUAAGCCGUCCACCUCUAAACUGAGCGUUUGCGCACGACACCCUC